AUGUCGAAAGACUUACCUUCUUUGCCAGAAGGAGAGAGUUCUCUACCAGAGAGAAAAGUCUCAAAGGCAAUGUCCAUUCCACGUCGAGCGGUUGGAAGUACUUCGAGUGCUUCCGAAAAGAAUUCAAUUGCGAGCACAUCAUCUUCAGGUUACUCUGAUUCUGUGCUUUCUCGAAGUUUGUCUGGGAAUAGCAAUUUUACAAAAGAUUCACUCAGUUAUGCUGGAUCCGAAUUUUGCAAAACUCCCCCAAUAUCGGAGAGAGGUGAUCAUAGACAGACAUCUCCUAAAAUACCAAACACAGAUUCAGAAAGUCUGAGAUCGAUAGAAAUUUGGAGACGACGGUCUUUGGUAGCCCAGAAGGGAAUUGAAUUUCCCAAUUUGAAACUCCAAAAGAGCAAUGGCUCAACCGCGAGUCCUCCUUCCAAAAGCAUCAACCCAGCACCGGACCGUUCCUUACCCAAAUUACAUAGUCAGAUUAUCCGAUCUAGAGGACUUUCGGAUCGAGAACGAGGUCUCAUACCAACUCGUGAAGCACCGCAAGCCCCAGCAGCUCCGCCAAUGGGAGCAAAGAUUUCGAAGCUGAAAGAUAUCAGCAAACGAAAAGCCACAGAUCAGUCCGAUGAAUCUAGUAGGCAUAGCGACCGUAACACUGAUCAGUCCCGAUAUCUCAGAGAAGGCAACACGUCAAACUCGACAAACUCGCCUUAUUCGUCCAAUGGUCGUCUGCCAAUAUUAGAAUAUUUGAGAUCGGACAAAACCCAAAGUCCGCCCUCUACGCCACGAGUCUUUUCGCCAACUACACCACUACAAGAUCUACCACCCGCACCUCAAAUACCCACGAAGUCUGAUGAUGGCCACAUAGGCAUUCCCGUUCCAACAGCAGGCGGUCCGGCGACUUUACGAGAGUCGCCCCUCAUAUCUGACCUCCUUAAUAGCAGUCACUCCCGGGACCCCUCUGAGACCUUGACCAUCACAUCUCUCCCAGACGUCGUCCGCUCCCCGCAACCCCAAAAGCCGCAUGCCACAAACGCCAUCCUUACACCUCAGCCAUCACCCCCGGUCGAAUCAGCACCCUUCUCGCCAUCUAUCGCAUCCUCAACUCCGACUGUUACGACAAACCCUCAUUCCCGACAAACCUCUCGGACAACUACCUCUCGCGCAACAUCUCUCUCUUACUCAUAUUUUCCCUUAUCCUCAUCCUCAUCCUCAGUUCCCGCUCCUGGGACCUUUUUAACCGCUCCUCCCAUUACAUCCCAACAUACCGAUUGUUUUCAGAAUCACAGAUUUAUGCGGCGAUCACGAAAUAACAUAUGCCCACUUCAAUGUCAAACUUGCUCGAAGUCAGACUUCGAACAACAAUGGAAAUGUACCUGGUGCUGCUUGAGAGUUUGUGGCGAUUGCAUGGCUAUUUUGAUAACCGUGCGGAAAGACUUACGAACUUUCCUAGGAUUGAUUGGAAGUGACGUACCAUAUGAAUCUGAUGGCAAUACUAUAGGGGUAGGGAACGAUAUUGGUGAGAGGAGUGGAAAUAUGAACCAGGAAAACGAGACUCGUCGAUUGGGUGUAAAGGCAUGA